UGUAAAAUGGAAUUUCGGUUCGUCUCGCUACUGUCCGCGAUAAUGAUUCCCACAAUUUUAAUCGCUUUUUCAGCCGCAAAGUGAAAAAAGUGCUUAAAACUGUUGCAUUAAUCGCGAUAAAACUAUCGGACGAAGUUCGUAAAAAGUUUUGUGAGUGUUUCAAAGUUUGGAAUAAGUUUGCAGUGGGAGUGGUUUUGUGUUGUCAUGUCUAAGAAAGUUUGUAUCAUCACUUAAACUUGGUUCUAAACGGAUUAUCUGGCGGAGAUAACUUUUGAAAAUAUGGAGCCGAGUUGUGUGGAUGAACGGGAAGAUGUACAAAAGAAAACAUUUGCGAAAUGGAUAAACUCACAACUGGCCAAGAGUGGAAAACCGCUAGUAGAAGACCUGUUCCAAGACCUUCGCGAUGGAGAAGUGCUGCUGUCUCUACUGGAGAUACUCACUGCACAGCAGUUCAAACGUGAGCGGGGUCGUAUGCGUGUACAUCAACUUAAUAACGUGAACGCAGCGUUACGUGCAUUGGCAGCGGCUGGGGUUCGUCUCGUUAACAUCAGCAGUGGUGACAUUGUUGACGGCAACCCUAAGCUUAUUCUCGGUCUGGUAUGGAGCAUAAUUUUGCAUUGGCAAGUCCACUAUCACCUUAAGGAGCUGAUGUCCGAAUUACAGCAGACCAACCUGGAAAAGACGCUUCUCGCCUGGUGUCGUACUCAUACGCAGAACUACAUGGGAGUUAAAGUGGAGAACUUCACAUCAACAUGGUCAGACGGUUUGGCGUUCAACGCGUUGCUGCACCGAUGGAGACCGCAGCUAUUCGACUAUUCCACCCUACUCCGUUUGACUGCCGCUCAAAGGCUCGAGCAUGCUUUCGCUUUGGCUCAACGACACCUGGGGAUCGACCGGCUCUUGGACCCGGAAGAUGUGAACACACCGAAUCCAGACAAGAAGUCAAUAAUGAUGUAUGUUAUGUGCCUAUUCCAAUCAUUGCCGCAUGCGAGCGAUGAGGUCGCGCACACAGAAAACACAGAACAACUGGAGAACACAGAUGGACCUUCAGAUGCUGGCGAAGAACAGCCCAGUCCGGUAGAUGCUAAUGCUGAGGUUUUUGGUGGAAGCAGUGCCGCGGCAUCCCGUCCAGUCUCAGUAGCGACAACUUGCUCAGUGGAGUUAGGAGCUUACGGUGCCGCGUUAGAGGACGCACUCGCGGCAUUGCUGGACGGGGAGGAGAGACUGAACGCUUCGCCGCUACCGGAGGAAGGAGACGACCAGCCGGGCGCGUACCUUGCUGCGUUAAAAGAGCACUUCCACUCGCACGAGAAAUUCCUAUUGGAGUUGUCCGAACAACAAUGCCGUGUCGGAGCUGUAUUGGAAGAGGGUGCACGACUCGUCCGAGAGCAGGCACUAUCUAAAGAUGAGGCUAAUGAGGUCCGGCUUCAGAUGCGUUUGCUGAACCAACGCUGGGAGCAGUUGCGUUUAGGCGCAAUAGACAAACAGGCGCGCGUACAUCGCGCGCUUAUGAGAGCACAGCAUCAACAGCUGAAUGCGUUUCGGCAAUGGCUGACAUCAACUGAGGAUCGCAUGUCUCUUAUGGAGACGGAGGAGCAAGCUUCUGGUCCGAACGCAGCCCUGGAGAGCACCGUUGCAUUGCACGCGGACCUUCGGCGACAGCAACCGCUCGUGGAUGCGCUCGCAGACUGCGUGCUCGUCGUUGACGACGACGACGCGCAUUUGGCCAGUGAAUCAGAAAUCGAGGACCAACUGCGCGCUCUAGGCGAGCGUUGGUCGCACGCGUGUCAAUGGACGCUCGCGCGACUCGAACGUUUGCAGCGCGGCGCCGCACUCGAUCAACAGAGCGCAGAGUUGCACGAACAAGUGCACAGACUGGAAGCGGACCUCAAACAGAUGGAAGCAUAUCCAGCGAGCGAGAUUGGAGAAGUGCUGGAACGCAUUUCAGCGCUGCAGAGCUGCAGUUCAUCUUUAGCGACGCAGCGACAUGGCCUUGCUAUGUUCCUUCAGCGCUUGUCAGCGAUUGAAGGGACGGAGGCUUUAGCUGAGAGCGGGGACGCUUUGCAUGAUCGGCUUGAUGCUUUAGAGAUGAUACUGCGAGUUCAAGCUGAUAGAAUAAAAGAACUCGGUUUCGAGUUCGACAUCACAACGGAAUCGAGCGCAGAUGGUACCACCACUAUAACUACCACGACUACCACGUUAGAGCUGGACCACCGCACCAAGAAACCACGGCUCAGCGACAAAUCAAGCGCUGACUUCCAAAUUGGGUAUAAAGUGUUUGACAAUUGGGCCGAGGCAUCUGAGAAAGCUCUUGCCGAUUGUAUGAAAGACCUAAGUGAAGGAUCAAGCGACCAGUCUCGCGAUUCUGCGCGUGCGUUAUUACAACGCGUACAGCGUGAGAGUGAAGAGCAACGCGCAGAUUUCGCCAACGUUGAGGAGAUUCAGAGACGAUUGGCUGCUGAUUCUUCGCUUCGAGAAGAAGCAAAACAACACGCGGACAGUAUCGAAGAACUAAAGAGACGGUGGGAGGGCAUACAGAAAACCCUACUCGAUAUACGAAACAUGAUGAACCUACUAGAAGAUAAAGAAAAUUUCUACAAGAACGUAGAAGUAUUGCAAAGGGAACUUGACGAUGUCCAUAAAUGGAAAGACAAGAUGCUUAAGGAAUCACCGACGAACAAUCAAUUAAUACACUUACGUAAUAGAAUACGUGCGGUCAAGCAACUCGAAAUGAAAUUAAAGGAAUUAAACGCACAAUCGAUAAUAUUACUGACGAAACCGAUAUCGAAAUCGCACAAGGACGAAAUCGAGAGAGACGCGAAACGAAUAAACGAAGAUUUCGAAGAACUAUUGACGUAUCUCAGUAAGAGAGAAGUUGAGAUAAAAAUAGCAUUAAACAAGAGAACUCCAACCUUACAAAGUGAAGACGAUUAUAAAAUUGUGCAAAGGAAAAUACAGGAUAUGGAAUCGCAGAUCAUAGCUGAGCAUGCGAUCAUAUCUUCAAAAGAAGAAAUGAGUAAAAAGUUAGAAGAACUAAAACAGAUGCGAAAGCAAUUUGACGAUAUACAAUCUUCGUAUGAUAGUGUAGUGAAGCAGAAAAGGGAGAAAUACGAAAAGGGGAGUGUCGAAGAAUUAAAUUUGAGGAGCAGCGUUGAGAAUCUGGUCAUGAGGUUCUCAGAUUCCAAAACUAUAUUGGAGCAGAAGAUUAAUAAAAGCCAGAAAGGAAUAGAAUUAUUGGACACGCUCGAAUCUGAACACAGGGAAAUGAUACAAUGGUUGGACAAACUGCAAGCAUUCGUGGAGAGCAACAAAUCCGUUCCUUUCGGCGAUGUUCAGGAGUUAGAACGGUUAUUAGACACUAGCAAUAAAUUCCACGACCAACAAACAGCGUACGGUGAGAAAAUAAAAAUCAUCGAAGCUACUAAAGAAACCAUACUGGAAGACUGCGACGAAACCCUAUCGAAAACCUUAAAAUCCGACAUGAAAGAGCUACGUAAACGUUACGAUGUCAAUACUGAGUCGGCGUUAAAACUUAACGAGAGUUUAAGACGUGCUUUGGAAAAGUCCGAAGGCUUAUUCCGCAGAAUAGACGAAAUGGAGAAGUGGUUGGCAAAUCUCGAGGAUGAAAUGCCUAAGGAAGACGAGUGUAAUAUUACGGAUUCCGCUGAAUUAUAUCAGAUGAAGACACGCUUUCAAACGCUGAAGGAUAAGUGUGAUGAUAAAACUCCAGAGUUCAGGAAUUUGAAUGAGGAUGGAAACGAAGUGUUACUUGCCGCCGAAAGUGCGCCAGCUUUGGCUAGACGACUUACGCAACUCAAUGCUGGCUGGACGCGAGCAACCCAUUCUGUUUACGAAAGAUACAAGGUUCUAGCUGAAGCAUGGCACGAGUCUGGCGAGUUACGUGCUUGGCUGGCACAGCAGACCGCCUGGCUGGAUGGCUUACAGCGAAGACUAACCAAAGAAACAAGAGCUCGAGCUGAUGCUGAGGACAUCUCCGAUGAGCUUUAUGAUCUAGAAAACUACGUGUCGAAUCGCAGCGAAGAGCGAAUGUCCCGCAUUGAAGCCGUCGGGCGGCAGUUGGCCGAUGCGCACAUCAUGCCCAACUGGAUAAGAGCAGAGAUAGAUGCUCUGACACGACGGUGGGAAUCGCUGCAGAAACAGGCGGCAGACAGGACUGCGGAGUUGGAGUCCGCUGCGAGAGAAGCGGCGCGCUGCGAAGUGUCACUCGACAAUUUACAGCAGUGGCUAAUUUCAGUUCAGAACAGAGCCUUUAGAGACGAACCUUUGGAUGAUCAACAGUUGCCCGUUGAGUUUGCUGCACAACGUGAGGUAUUGCGUGAGGUUGAGCAACAAGUUGAAGCGUAUCGCGAAGCAGGAAAACUUGAAGCAGCCGACCGGUUGCGCGAUCAGUUAGACCAUGUUCGGCGCAACCUAAAUGAAACAGAGGAACAGCUUAAAAUAAUAAAGAAAGAGCAAGACGAAGAAUCCAAUAGUAUAACGGAGGCCGGUAUAGAAUCUGGAUCCGAGUCCGAUGCAGCGCGACUUGCGACAAGACUGACGCGUGCGACUGACGCGUUGCGGGAAGUACAGCGCGGCGCAGCUGCUGCGUUAUCGCUACGCGCUGCGGAUCCUGAUGCGGUGCGGGCACAGUUGCGGACCUGCCUUAGAUUCUAUCGCACACUGAGUGAAAUCAAGUCGGAAGUUGAAUCAAUAAUAAAAACCGGUCGGAAGAUGGUCGAAGAGAAGGCCGUUUCCGAACCGCAAGAAUUUUCUAAAAAGAUUGACAUGCUGAAAGAGCUUUAUAACAGACUCGGGGCUCAUGUCACUGAAUCGAAAACCAAAUUAGAAACAGCGCUACUGACUGCUCGUGAAAUACAGAAUGACUUACAGUCACUCACCUCGUGGCUUCACGGUUUAGGCAAUGUAGGUAAACAAACAUUAGAACUGGAAAUGUCACGAAUGGAAGCAAUUAAAGACAAGCUUAAUGCGAAUUAUGUGGAAUUCGGCAAAAAUUGCGACCAAGUCUACCUCGAAAGUCUUUGCGAUCAAAUAGAUGAUAUCAAUACACGAUGGGAUAAUUUAAAACGACACGGCUUGGGAAAGAAAGAAACGGAAGUGGAAGCUCUCCAAAGGUACUUAAACGAUAUAGAUCAGGAGUUAGAGAGUCCAGAAACUAUGUCAGCUGCGAAAUUGAGAUUGCUUAAAACUGAAGUACGAGGAAAAGCGAGCGAUGUGGAUGCGAUGGACAAUAAGGCACUGUCAAAACAGUGGGAGAGAAUAUUAGAGAAGAUAACUGCCGCUUCAAAUAUAGAUGACACAGAAACAGUAAUUGAAUACGAAAACGUUACUGACACGAUCAAAAGACGGUUAGAGAGUCCGGUCAACUCACCUGAAACUGAGAGACCUGAAUUUAAAAAAUCGAAAAUUCCACUUGCUUUAAAAAGUCCCGUUCCAAUUAAAAAAGAAGUCAAAGAAGGCGGAAAUAGAAGUAGAGGGUCUUCAUUAGAAAGGCGUAAAAAGAAAGCUGAUAGUCCAAUGACAGAUAGCAUCACAAGUACAAUGUCAACUGACUCCAUUGAAGGGUGUAUUUCAUUUAUGGGUUCCGUUCCAUCAACUCCUGAUGCAUCACGGAAGGACAGUAGCACUUUCAAUCUACUAAAGGACAGUGAUUUAUUCACUCAAAUAUCUAAGAACAAAAUUGAGCCCAAACCGCCUCUUCCUCCUAAAACUUCAAAGCAGGAUACUUGUCAUGUUGUUGAAGUUAAAGAACAUGAAAUUGUGAAAUCAACAGUCAAUCCCAUAGAGCCAAUGGAAAUGUAUCCCUCUGAUACAGUGGAAACGGUCAUGGAAUUUAUACCUCAAACCGUGGAAACAGUCAAUAUUAUUGAAGAUACGGAGAAUGAGUCUUUUGACUCUGAUGAAGAAACAGAUUCGAAACGAUCAUCAGUUGACCUAGGAUCGGAACCGAAAACAUUCGUCGUGGAAGUAAAAACAUUUGAACAGCGGAUGAAACCAACACUUGGAAUACUAAAACGCAGAGGUGAAAAUGAUGUAGAAAAAGCUAAAGUUAUGAAAGUAUCUAUAGAUGUUCCCGAUUUAAUACCAGCAUCAGAAAAGCAAGAAAAAGAUAUGUCUAUGAGGACACCACCUCCUACGCCAUUAGAUGGAGUAAACCUCGUGGAAUGCCCCUUGUUGUACGAUUUAGCGGUUAGACAGAAUGAUGCUCAGAUGAAUUUGAUGAGAGAUGAAGUCAAUGAGUAUUUGAUUUUGGACGAAGUGCCUAGGGAUCAGGCUGCGUUGCCUGAACCCUCUGCAACAGAGACGUUAGCCACUGAUAAAGUAGAAGAUUUAGAUGCUGGUAAAGGUAAAGAGUCGGUAAUAAGUGAAAAUAAACCUGAAUCCGUUGAUAGUAAGCCGUCGGGUAGUAUCGCGGAAGAAGAAGUCAUAUAUUCAGAAGUUGAAUAUGCAACGCAGGUUCGGCUCUCUGCAUCGGAAUUUGAUGUAAAGGAACCCUUAUCGACAUCGACACCAAUCAAGGACGACAAAAGUAAGAAACAAGUGCAAGUUGUAGCUAUGUCCCCUAAACCAUCGCAGGAAGAAGAAGUACCUCCAUCGCCAAAGACCAAGUCCUCUGCUAGUCCAUUAUUGGGUCUGAAGUCACAGAUACCAGUUAAGGAAAAGAAACCCUUGAAUGAGAAAUAUCAGCGUACCGAUGACUAUUCCCAAGGAUCAAAACCAGAGAUUAGCAUAGAUGAUGACAUAAGCGAGAUCUCGGAAGUUAUCGAGGUAUCAUCCGAACUAAGUAAACGGUUCCCAACGGCGUGUGACGAGGAAUUAGAACGAUUUGAAGCGGCUGCUGAACGAAUGGCACGUCGGAUGCACGUCAUGUUGCUAACUGUCGGUGGGGUGGCAAGUGAAAGGGAUCCUGCUAAAAGGCUCGAGAUUUUGAAGAAUCAACUAGGUGCCGUAGCGCCAGAUGCAGCUGCAUUAAUAUCACGCGGAGACAGCUUGGUAUAUGCUAAGCACAAAGACAACCCACAAUUGGCCGAAUACCUCCAAAACCACUUCCAGGAUAAACUCCGCAACAAAUGGACAAUGGUUAUGUCUGAAAUUGAGACUAAAAGAAAUGCUGCCUUAAAAGCAGAAGACGAUGUUAAAGAACUGAGCAAUCUUAUAGAGAGUAUACAGAAAUGGGGAAUGUCCAAAGAUUUGGAAGCGAAAAUGAAACAUGGUGGUGAUAUCAAAGCGGAACUGUUAGAUCGUGAAAACGAUCUGGAAAGAAUACAGGAGCUGUGCAGGGAGUUGCGGGUACAGAGAGUAACGUUCCCAGAAAAAGCUGCAACCGAGGUGGUAACGAUGGUUAGCAAGAUAAGAGAUGCUUAUGAGGCGACUUCGCCAAAGAAGGAUAAGAAGAAGUUGGAUACUUCUGACACUCGUAACGGCGAGUUUGUCACCCGUGCAAACCGUGCCCGUGAAGCUAUUACCACCAUCAUGUCAGCUCUCCGAUCGCCACCGCUGUCUGGAAAGGACUACGACGAAUUCCCAUUACAAGAAGAUGCUCUGGUGAGAAUAAAAUCCUCAAUGGAAGACGUACAAUCUCAAGUCGAAGAAAUAGAGAGCUCUUACUCUUGGGCCGUACGCAAGUCGGGUGCGGAGCAAGUGCGUCGCGUACGUGAUAAACUGCGUGGGGAAUGGAGCACCCUUUUGGAUGCUUACAGAGAUCGACAUGAAAGGUGGUCCCGUUGCCAAACCUCAUGGGCUGCACUAUAUGCGGCCUUGGAGAAGGGCGGUGAAGCGUUAGAUUCCCUCGAACGUGAUCUGGAUUCAGCAGCGGAGAACGUCACUUCACAACAGCUGGAUGAAUUGGAGAAACAGGUCCGUGCCCGACAACGAGAAGCCAAUGAAAUCACUGCGAUGGGUCGUACGGUUGUGCGUUCGUGCGGUGGCGCACUGGCGAACGCGAUCCGCGAACAAUUGGACGCGCAUCAUUUGAGAGCGAGACACGCUGCGCUCGCACUGAAUAAACUGCGUGACAAGCGUUCAGAAUCUGAAAAAAGGGUGAGCAGCGAAAAGGGCAUGAGCGGUGCCGAAGCAGCUCUUCACAGCGUCCGGGAGCUGUUACUGACCACGAGUGCGAACCCCUCCGACCAUACUAGCCUGGCUAUCAGAUUGAGCCUUGUCAAGGCUCGCGAAGAAGAAUUAGGGCGGGCUGCCAGAGAAGCUGAGUCGCAGAUACGUGCAUCCCCCGACUCGGCUGAUGCGCGACGCUUGCGAGGCGUUCGUGACGAGCUAGAAAAGGCUCAAGGAAACUUAUCCGCGCACGGAGAAUACGUGAAGAGCAAACUUACCGCUUUGGGCAAGUACACAACCCGCCUCGACGCCGCACUAGCCUGGGCCAUGGAGACUCGAGCUCGGUUGGCGCUGGCAGACAAUCUGCCUCACGCUGCCCCAACGGAUAUAGACACUAUCAUAAAAGACAAGGAAACAGAAAUCCGAGAAGUUUUGGAAAAUUAUAACAACAUAGAACGCGAAUGCGUCGCCGCGAAACAAACCGUGUCCCCAGAAGUUCGGGAGCGGGUGCUCAAGUUAAAAGAAGAUUGGGCGUUCAUUCGAGAAGCUUCUAAGUCCCGCGAAGGGUCGAAGGUUCGGGAGGAGUCGGUUCCAGUUCGGGCACCAUCGGUUCCACGAAAGGGCAGCCUGUCUUCGGAAAGUGAGAAGUCUUCGGAGACACAAUUAGAGUGGGGCGUGCGGGUGGGGUCGCGGCGAGGCUCGUCGCUGAGCUCGCCCGCCGCACUUCUCGCGCACUUCGACACCAGCGUAUUGCAGAUCCGUGACUGGUUGUCGGUGGAAGUGGAUAUGCUGCGAGCACAACCAGUCGCCGUCGGCGAUGUCGACGAAAUCCUGCAGCAGCUGGAUAAGCAAAAGGGUGUUCUCAGAGAGCUGGAGCAAAAGAAACCACAGCUGGACGAGUUGCUUCACACGGCUGAGAGUCUUAAGGGCACCGAGAAUCGACAACAGCUGCACGGCAAAGUUACCGCUCUGAGAGAACACUGGGAUGAGGCGAACGCUCGCGUGCUACAGCGGAAAGCGCAGCUAGAUGCGAUGCUUGGCGAUUCGCAGCGAUACGAGGCGAGGCGACGCGAUGCGGACGCGUGGCUUACGCGCAUAGAGACUCGAUUGGGCGCCAUGACAGCCCCUGGACACACUGCUGAUGUGCUAGAAAUGCAGCUUAGAGAACAAAAGUCGUUCCAUGCUGAGGUGCAUCAAUACAAGCACCAGAUCGAGCUGUUUGGGCAGCUAACCCAGCGUCUCAUCGCCGUUUAUCGUAACGACGAUACCACUCGCAUCAAGCGCGCCACUGAAGCGAUCAACCAUCGAUACAAUGAGCUGAACAACAGCAUUGUGGCACGUGGAAAAGCACUCCAUUCCGCGGUUUCGUCGCUGCAGAACUUCGAUCGUUCUCUGGAGAAAUUCGUCGCUUGGCUGAGCGAAGCGGAAUCAUUGCUGGACGCAGCUGAACGCGAUCCUCAUCUGCUUAAGGACCUACAGUCGGAGAUCGAGACGCACAGAGAUGUGUACGCUUCUCUCACGGGGACCGGACGAAGGCUCCUGGGUUCCCUCUCCUCCCAGGAGGACGCUGUCAUGCUGCAACGGCGACUGGAUGAGAUGAACCAGAGAUGGCACCACCUGAAGUCGAAGAGUAUGGCCAUAAGGAAUCGUCUGGAGAGCAACGCAGAGCACUGGUCGGCGUUGCUUCUAUCACUCCGCGAGCUCACCGAGUGGGUGAUCCGGAAGGAAACCGAGCUGAACGCACUGGCGCCACCUAGGGGCGACCUGAACGCACUAAUCAAACAACAGGACGACCACAGAGCAUUCAGAAGACAGCUUGAGGACAAGCGACCGGUUGUUGAGAGCAAUCUACUGAGUGGCAGACAGUAUGUUGCCAACGAACCGCCGCUAUCGGACACCAGUGACACCGAACCAAGCCGCGACAGCGAAGGUGACUCUCGUGGAUAUAGGUCUGCGGAGGAACAAGCCCGCGAGCUGGCGCGGUCGAUACGCCGUGAAGUUGCCAAGCUAGCUGAUAAAUGGAACACCCUGGUGGACCGCAGCGACGCUUGGGGACGGUGCUUGGACGACGCUGUACAGCGCGUCCGCACAUUCACGACAUCCCUCGAUGAGCUUGCAUCGCGGGUUCAGACUGCAGAAGCCGCCCGAGCAUCAUGGCGUGCACCCGGAGACGCGAGAGAUGCGCGCACUCAAUUGGAUGCGGUAUCUCGAGCGAGGGCCCAACUGCCGCCUUUGAAGAGGCUGGUGGAUGAACUAAGAGGCCAGGCUCAGGCGAUGGCUAGAGAUAAUGUCCAGCUACCAGAGCAUUUGGUUGCUAGACUUGAAGAUUUGAAUACUAGGGUAUCAGCACUAACAGCUGGCGGUGAGGAGCGGGCGCGACAGCUAGCAGGAGUGGCUCGGGACGGUGGAGCAGGCGCCGCACAAGGCUUUCUUGCCGGGUCUGUCCGCACCCCCUGGGAGCGGGCUGUCACGCCAGCCAAUGUUCCAUAUUAUAUUAACCAUGAACUAGAAACCACACAUUGGGACCAUCCAAAGAUGAUUGAGCUGAUGAACUCAUUAGCUGAUCUCAACGAGGUUCGAUUCUCGGCAUAUAGAACUGCCCUCAAACUUAGAACUGUCCAGAAGGCCCUUUGCAUGCACAUGCUUCAGUUACCAUCGGCGUUGGAGGCUUUCGACACCCACGGACUCAGAGCUCAAAACGACCGGCUCAUAGAUAUUCCGGAUAUGAUCACUGUCCUUACUUCCUUAUAUGAGGUUAUAGCAGCAGAAAACCCGAGUCUAGUGAAUGUGCCCCUUUGUUUGGAUCUGUCGAUCAACUGGUUGCUUAACGUGUAUGACAGCCAGAGGACCGGUCAGAUCCGGGUGUUGAGCUUUAAAGUUGGGCUGGUGUUACUAUGCAAGGGACAUUUGGAAGAGAAAUAUAGGUAUUUAUUCCGAUUAAUCGCCGACCCAUCUUGUCGUGCUGACCAAAGAAAACUGGGACUUCUAUUACAUGACUGUAUUCAAGUGCCGCGUCAAUUAGGCGAAGUGGCAGCGUUCGGUGGGUCGAAUAUCGAGCCUUCAGUGCGCAGUUGUUUCGAACAAGCCUCUGUGGCUACCAAGGAAGGCAAUAGAGGAAGCACUCUGGAUAGAAAAGCAGGGGAAAAAGAGAAAGAGAAGGAAGACACCAAAGAGAAGACCCUUGAAAGAGAUGCCGAUGGCCAGCUGCAGUUCAUAGAGGCAUUCCACUUCCUACAAUGGCUUCAGAAGGAGCCCCAGUCGAUGGUCUGGUUACCAGUGCUGCACAGACUCGCGGCCGCUGAGAGUGCCAAACACCAAGCCAAGUGCAAUAUAUGCAAGGAAUAUCCUAUCGUUGGAUUCAGAUACCGCUGUCUCAAGUGCUUCAACUUUGACAUGUGCCAGAAAUGCUUCUUCAAUGGCCGCAAAGCUAAAAACCACAAACUCACUCAUCCCAUGCAAGAGUAUUGUACAGCUACUACAUCUGGCGAGGACGUUCGCGACUUCACACGAGCUCUGCGCAACAAGUUUAAAUCUGCGAGAUACUUCAAGAAACAUCCCCGAGUAGGAUACUUGCCUGUACAAACCGUACUUGAAGGUGACGCGUUAGAAUCCCCGGCGCCGUCGCCACAGCACGGAGCGGGUACAGGUACAGGUGCUGACGACAUGCACUCGCGCCUGGAGCUGUACGCCACGCGGCUGGCUCAAGUUGAACUUGGCGCUCGCGCUGCCGACACCCCUGAUAGUGACGAAGAGCACGCGCUAAUCGCCCAAUACUGUGCGUCACUCAACGGCGCAUCCGAGGGCGAAGCAGAAGACGCUCCUCGAUCGCCAGUGCACGUCGUGUCUGUCAUACAUCGCGAACAGAGACACGAGCUCGAAGCUAUGAUCAGAGAACUUGAGGAGGAAAACGCCAGUCUCCAAGCGGAGUACGAGCGGCUGAAGGCCAAGCAAACCCCUGGCUCUACUCCCGAGGAGCAACAUGCUCAUGGCGACGGCAGAAAUGCGCCUGUCGAUCAGGACAUGAUGGCUGAAGCCCGCCUGCUGAGGCAGCACAAGGGACGUCUAGAGGCUCGCAUGCAGAUCCUGGAAGAACAUAAUCGGCAGCUGGAAGCACAGCUGCAAAGAUUACGCAGACUUCUUGAUGAGCCGGCAGUGACGGGUGGAGGCGCGCAGGGCUCGCCUGGUGCCCGGACCGGAACGUUACAGACCCGUUCCGUCACCGCGUCGCAGUUAGCCACCGACUCGCCAGCUAAGCUUCACAACGGCCUUUACCAUGACACUAAUGACCUUGGCCGAGCUGUCGAAGAACUAGUAUCAGUAAUGACGGAGGAUCAGUCCCAGAACGCAAAUGCACCUCCUCAAUACACCAAUGGAAAACCGGAAGAUAAGGAUAAAUAGGUUUCCAAAUCGAAAAUAUUCGAUCCGACGCGCUAUGGUGCUGAUGCGGUAAAAUGUUGCCAUCACAUAAUUAUUCAUGGUAGCAUUUUGUAUCCGUUAUUCUAUCGCUCUGGCAACGCUGCUGAGUUUUCUAUUAAAUCUACCAAAGACGCAAUGCUUUAUUACCACUCAAAUAUGAUUUUAUGGCACAAUUUUAAACUCUUCCUUCGUCUUUUACGGUAUAAACACAAAUUUCGUUUACCCUUUUGAAUACUAAUUUUCGACUCAUCACUAACAUUACUCGCACGUGCUUAUCUGUACAAACUUCUACAAACUUUCAAUUAAUUAUGUCACACAGAUUCCUUGGGUUUGACUCCUCCAGUACUAGUGGAAUUUUUACGUCUUUUGUCUACGUUAUUAAAAUUGUCUAUAUUAAUAAAAACCGUAAAAGUAAACCGUUGUAAAAUUAGAACAUUCAAAUAUUUUAAAAACCUAUAUGUGUCUAUAUUAAAAAUUACCUACUUAGGUACUUAUUGAAACUAUUAAAUUGCACUCAGCAACAAAAAUAUAACAUAGGUACUGUUUAAACUGUCCUAGCAACUUCUUUUGUUUGCGACAGCAAUAAUUUUUGUGGUCCCUGUUCACUUAACGUGUGACGUAAUUAAAGCAUGGUUCCGGAAAGCCUAAUUUCAUAUCACAUACAACUUAUAACAAAACCGGGCUUUCUAUACACUUGGCAAUUAACGGGUCACGGGAAUUUCUUUCCUUAGGAUCGGAGCCACGGUUGAUCAGCUGUUCUUAUGAACAAACUGAUGAUAGCUACGGUUAUGAAUAGACGAUAUUCGUAUGCAACGCUUAUUGUAUAGAUAAGGGCAUGCCAUUGUUGCAGUACGUAUCGUGAAUGAGUCCUAACCUGAUUUCAUAUUCUACCAUUUCGUUUGUAUUUCUAAUAUUAUAUACCAAUCAGUAGUAUUUUAUCCUAAGGUAACUCAGCACUGAUGCCAAAGCGAAGCGAUUCAACGAAAAAGACAAUGUAACGAGCAUUUACUUUAACUUUAUUAAAGAAAGAUGUACCUACCAAAUUUGUCAAUACUACAUAAUAAAACGUCUUGCGGGAAAACUUUUUAUUAAUCGUUUAAGUACAUAUCUAUUAGUACAAUAUCCAUAAAAUAUCAUAUCACUUCUUGUAAAUUGCCAUAUCAUUUAUUGCUGUAAAAUAAUAAUGAUGCGAUAAAAUGUAACGUUUAAAAAAAAAACAAACGCCUGUUUUGACGCGAUAAAAAUGUCGUUUAUUAACGACAUAUUUUCAGAUUGUCCAAGAGCCGGUGAAAGAUUUGUUCAGUGUUUAUACCGGUUUAAAUUUCACAAUUUUAACUUACCUAUGUAUAUAAAAAAAACCUUUUUAAUUGAAAUGGUGGUCCUAAAAUCGGUAUUGCUUUAAUAAAUUAUCGAUAUGGCUUGUACGAUGUUACGCAAAGGUCUUGUUAAAUUUGGACCAGUGUAAAAAGGAUUACAAAACAUUCACCAGCUUAUUAAGGCAGCUUAAAAGGGCUCUAAAGCUUUAAAUAUAUUAUCACAAUGUUAGCUUUAAUAUACCCUAUGUUGACAUUAUUCAUUGCAAACCGGUAAAUUUUACCAAUAACGCGACGUAAGGGGCCUACGUUCUAGUGGAAAGUGUAUUGUUACUAGGUGAAGUCCUGUUUUUCAACGUACAAUAUAAUGCCAUCCACGUGAUGGCGGUAGUUAAUGAAUUCGUUAAACGGUUUUGCAGUAGUAUUAGAUGUAGCCAAAUAAAUAUCGAGCAUGUUAUUUAAUGUAUGUUCACUCUGAAAUUUCCAAUUACCUAUAAACAAUAAGAAAUCCACUUCGAAUACAUCAUUCCCUCGUGUACAUUCCGGCAUAAUUUGCGUAAAAAUAAUACUAACAAAAGCCAGUCUUAAAAAUACUGAUUGAAAAAACCAAUCAAAUAAAUUAAUAAUUAAUUAAGGUACUUGGAAAUUUGCAAGUGAACACAUCUUAUGUGUAUGUUACAUAUAUCGAGUUAUCAAAAAAUGUAUCAUUAGAUGAAAAAAAUAUAUGAAUAAUCCAGCUUUCUACUUCAUUAGUCACUUUCUGUUAACUAUCGAAGUCUGAAAUAGUAGAAAAUUCUUCUUAGUGGCUAUGGAAAUCAUGUAACCAAUCUUUUUCACUAUUACAAAGGCAUUACACCUUUCUUCCUUGCGUGGACGUAGCUAGACAUUUAUUAUUACAGAGGGGGCUUGGGAAGGGUCUGAUCAGUAUUUUUUACUGUCGGGCUGCAUGCAAUAAGUAAUUUUAUAGUCAUUAGUAGACAAAAACCUUUAAUUUAUCUACUUUUCAGCAUAAUUAUGGAUUCAAAAAUAGGUUUCAAGAUUUAGCUACUUUUAUAGUGACAAUAAGCGUUAUAUAAACUUGAAAUGACAAGAUUAAUAUUCAUCGUCUAAUAUUUAGGUACAGGAUUUCAAGAAAAAAAUAAAUCAUUUUACGACUAAUAAUUAUCAAAUGAGUUUUCUAUUUUAAAUACUUGAGUACUGUGAUGGGCCGUAACUACCCAACACCCUCUCCUGGCUACGUCCACGCACCCUAGUUAUAUUUGAAUGUGACAAUCUCUAUGUCACGUUCGUAAGUUCGGAUAUUUUGUAUCGUGUCUACUUGUAAGAUGACGCCUACCUUUUUAGAUAAGAUUAUAUUGGAGAGAUGACUUUUAUACGAAUGUUAAGUAAACUGUUACGCUAACUUUACAAUAAGUACUUCCAAUUAACCAUAUCAAUAUUUGUUUUAUUAUUCAACCGAUAUUGUUUUGGAUAGCCACAAAAUAAUAAUAUUCCAUGAAACGAAAUUUAAAAAUCUGUUAUGAAUUUACUAGCCUUUUCUUCAUUGCUCUUGGACUACUUAUGAAAAAAUACCAAAAAAUGGGCCAUACAUGAAUUAAUCAAAACAUUGGAAUCAUUAAAUAAUAAAGGUCAGAGUUAAUCGGAAUGAAAAUGAAAAUUUGGAGUAUUAUGCUUUGUGUCUAUGUCUUUUUAAUUUGGUAAGUAUUUUUUUAACUGGCAACUCGUUAAAUAAAUUACGUUCCGUUUCACGGCGGCUAAUUCUAAUUUUAAUUUGGCUAAUAUAAUAUUAUUAUUAUUAUUAUAGAUUUUAAGAAAAU